CUCCCCACCGCUCCGGCUCUUGACGCUGCACCAUCAACCAGCACAGCUCCGCCCAUAGAGCCACGUUGCGCGAAUGGCUUCCGCCUCCCAGGUCGCGCUGCUACAGGCGUGGGCGAGUGAUAUCGGCCACGUCGUUGACACGGCCAGCUCACCAAAAGCAGAGUUUGCGCGCCUGGCCCAGGCAAAGGGAUGGGUUGGCGGUGAUGCGGCGUGGUGUUCGCGCUGGAAGGAGUGCUUUGGAGAGGCGUACCCCUAUGGACAACAUGAUCGACCAGCGACUGCAGAAAACACUACCACGUCGGAAGAAGGCGGAGUAUGUCUCAGCGCUCGGAUGCGGCGUCUCUCAAUCACCUCUGAUGCCUCGUCGUUCUCUGUCAUUUCGCGCAUUUCAAGGGCCAACUCCUUCGACAGCGUCAAAUCAUUCGACAGCCAGAUAUCCCUUGACAGCAAAAAUAACGUCCAGCUUGCACCCCGCUCUGCAGCAAGCACAGACUCACAUAAUACUGUGGCUCAGCAGAAGCCGGCAGCGGGUCCCGGAUCGGCAGGAUGCGAGGAAAUGACCCAGAUGGUGGGGAAGCUUUCGCUCAGCGGCUCCACGGACAAAAAAGGCAGCAAUCCGGCUUGGGACCAAUUCAUCGGCUUCAAGCACUCGCCAACUGCUCCCUUCAAAUCCGAGUUUGAGCGCCUGGCUCAGACAAAGGGCUGGGGUGAUAGCGAAAAGCAGCGACAGUUUGUUACCUUGCUCAGCUCAGAAGUUGCCUUCUUCUGGCACGCGGACGAAGAUAAGCUGUAUCACUGUCAGGACCUUUGCCGAGACUUGGAUCUUGGCGCCAUGUCCAACACGGUUACGCAGUACAAGAAGGCGCUCAAGCCCUUGAAGAUUAACAUCUACAGUGUAUUGGACAACAAGCGCAACCCCAAGAUCAAGAUUGUCCAGUAUCAGUCGCAUAGCAAGCUGAAGAAGAGCAUCCGCAAAAGCGGUACCUUUCCAAGGGAGGCCGCAAAGGCCGGCAGCGGCUGCCUGACCGUGCUGCUUUCCAAGUUGUAGCCGUCCCCCAAAGCCACAUCUCUUCUCUUCUCUCCUCUUCUCUCCUUCUUUUCGGUCCAGUCAUUUUGGGGGCGUUUUUGGGAGUUCAUUACGGAUCUACGAACUGUGAACUAAGAACAAUUGUGUAUCGGGGGGAAGACAUGGUAUACCCUAUUUCCGGCUCGCGCCGAAGCAGCAGCAUACCUGAGGUUUGGAGCCUCGUGGACUAUGUGUGUGUGUGUAAAACGCGGUGAUUAAGGGAAACGAGCUAAACGAUAACGUCCCGUUUCCCAAUCCACCUUAGACCUUUUUUGUGUUAAUGCGAUAAUGAAUGGCAAUCAUCAUUUC